AUGUCAGUACACCUUACAAUUCAAAUCAAUGUAUUCACCUGUGGAGGUGUUGCUAUUGGAUGGUAUGAUAUCCACAAAGUUACGGAUGGAACCUCCUCCGCAACUUUCUUUAAAUAUUGGGCGGCUCUUACAAGGGGUGACUUCAUUGAAAACAUAGUGCAGCCUGAUUUCGAAGCCGCCAUCACUGCCUUCCCUCCGCGGCGUAACCCGGAGCUACUCCAGAUGGGUAUGGCGAAUAAUAAUGGUUGCAAAAAUCACAUUCACGGCUCCCCUUCUGUCGUGGUUAAAAGUUAUAUAUUCCGGAGCAAUGCUAUAGCCAAACUGAAGGCUAGGGCAUCUAGUCAGCAAGUCCCCAACCCAACUCGAUUGCAGGCAAUGGCCGGAUUUGUCUGGGAGCAACUCUUAGUAGUCUCAGAGAUGGCCGGGGAUCAGUACGAGCAUACGGAUACAACACUUCAAAUUACGGUAAACAUGCGACCAUUUAUGAACCCGCCACUCCCGAGAGGUUCUAUCGGAAACCUUAUUGACACGGCAGUAGCCCGGGCUGGGAUAUUGGCCAGCCUUCCGGAGCUCGUUGCAGAGAUUCAUGGAGCAGUUUUGACGACGAAGGACGAGAUUAGAGAAAAGUAUCAUGGUGAGAAUGGAGUGGAGGCAGUACGUGAAAGUUGGGAUAAGUUAAUCCCUAUGUUGUCAGAGUAUAAGGAGAGGGCAUAUAAGAUUGUUAGCUGGUGUAAGCUUGGGUUCAGUGAUCUGGAUUUUGGGUUUGGGAAGCCUAAAUGGAUGGUUCCUACUGAUGCAGUUAUGUCUUCUUUUCAUAAAAAUCUGAUUAUUUUGACUGAUUUUACUGACUCAGAUGGUGAUGACGGAGUUCAAGCAUGGAUUUUCCUGGACGAGAAAGAUAUUAAAAGUUUGGAGUCUAAUUCUGAUUUUCUUGCUUUUGCUUCUCCUCUUCAACCCAUAUUGUGA